CCCGCAGCCCUUUCUCCUCCGUUUGCUUCAGCCCCGCAUUGCACCGGAGCGGCAGGUGCUGGGACGUCUGAAGGAGUGCCUGGUGCCCAAGGACUCGCGUUCGAACAACGGGCGGGGCCUCGAGGGAGCGCUCUGCGAACUGACCUGGGAAACCGACGUACCGUUGUGUUUGUGAAACGGAGAAAGCUAGGCGGCCAUGGUCCAACCCUGAAGGCUUCUCAGAAGGGCAGACUUCAAAAUCUGCUGAAAAUGAAUGGCUCCGAGGAUCUCCCUGAGUCCUAUGACUAUGACCUCAUCAUCGUUGGAGGGGGCUCAGGAGGACUGGCAGCCGCUAAGGAGGCAGCCAAAUACAACAAGAAGGUGAUGGUCCUGGAUUUUGUCACUCCAACCCCUCUUGGAACUAGAUGGGGUCUUGGAGGAACAUGUGUGAAUGUGGGUUGCAUACCUAAAAAACUGAUGCACCAAGCAGCUUUGUUAGGACAAGCCCUCCGAGACUCUCGAAACUAUGGGUGGAACGUCGAGGAGAUAGUGAAACAUGACUGGGAGAGAAUGACAGAAGCUGUCCAGAAUCACAUUGGCUCUCUGAACUGGGGCUACCGUGUGGCUCUGCGGGAGAAAAAGGUCACCUAUCAGAACGCGUACGGGCAGUUUGUUGGGCCUCAUAGGAUUAAGGCAACAAACAACAAAGGCAAAGAGACGAUUUAUUCUGCAGAGAGAUUUCUCAUUGCAACUGGUGAAAGGCCACGUUAUUUGGGUAUCCCUGGUGACAAAGAAUACUGCAUCAGCAGUGAUGAUCUGUUCUCUUUACCCUAUUGCCCGGGUAAGACCCUGGUGGUUGGAGCAUCCUACGUUGCUUUGGAAUGUGCUGGAUUUCUUGCUGGCAUUGGUUUAGAUGUCACUGUUAUGGUACGGUCCAUUCUCCUAAGAGGAUUUGACCAGGACAUGGCCAACAAAAUCGGUGAACAUAUGGAAGAACAUGGUAUCAAGUUUAUAAGACAGUUUGUACCAAUAAAAGUUGAACAAAUUGAAGCAGGGACACCAGGCCGACUCAGGGUGACAGCUAAGUCCACUGAUAGUGACAUAACCAUCGAAGGAGAGUAUAAUACGGUAUUGCUGGCAAUAGGAAGAGAUGCUUGCACAAGGGAAAUUGGCUUAGAAAACGUGGGGGUAAAGUUAAAUGAACAGACUGGAAAAAUACCUGUCACAGAUGAAGAGCAGACCAACGUGCCUUACAUCUAUGCCAUUGGCGAUGUGUUAGAGGGGAAGCUGGAGCUCACCCCAGUGGCAAUCCAGGCCGGAAGGUUGCUGGUGCGGAGGCUGUAUGGGGGCUCCGCUGUCAAGUGUGACUAUGAAAAUGUUCCAACGACCGUUUUCACUCCUUUGGAAUAUGGUGCUUGUGGUCUUUCUGAAGAGAAGGCUGUGGAGAAAUUUGGGGAAGAAAAUAUUGAGGUUUACCAUAGUUACUUUUGGCCAUUGGAAUGGACGAUUCCAUCAAGAGAUAACAACAAAUGUUAUGCAAAAAUAGUCUGCAAUAUCAAAGACAGUGAACGUGUUGUGGGCUUCCACGUACUGGGUCCAAAUGCUGGAGAAGUUACCCAGGGCUUCGCAGCAGCUCUCAAGUGCGGGCUGACCAAAGACCAGCUGGACGGCACCAUCGGAAUCCACCCUGUCUGUGCAGAGGUAUUCACGACACUGUCGGUGACCAAACGCUCGGGGGGAAACAUCCUCCAGACCGGUUGCUGAGGUUAAGCCCCAGUGUGGAUGCUGCUGCCAGGACUCCAAACCACUGACGUAUUUCUUGCCCAAGUCCAAGGCGAAGUUUGCAGAAGGCUCUCGGGCUUCAGCAGCCACGUGUCCUGGGCUUACAGCCCCGAGGCCCCCUUGGAUCUCAUGCGCCGGAGGUGACGCGUGGGUGGCAGGCAGCAUCGCACUGGGGUCAGCAUGACGCACUCGAAACUGACUUUCGGCAGAGCUUCGCAGAGGGGCGUCCAUGAAGUCACCAGCCUCAAGCCCGCGUGGUGGGUGGUGAUGGAACCGUCGAAGCAGUUUUUGCAUGGCCUCUCCUUUGUAGGUUUUCUUAUUCUCACUGUCAACCUUUCUCGUGUUGGUUAUUUUUUUCUUUUUUUCUCCGCCGUGUUAGUGAAAGUAGAGAUGAUAGCAGACAAUUUUUAUACAAAAGCAAGUCGUGGCCACCGUGUGCAAAUAAGGCGGCUCGUUGCUGGGAUGGCGCACUGUGGCUCUUAGGCUUGUGCCGGGGAGAGAGCGUCUCCCCAAAACAAGUGGUCACCCCUGGCCAGGUGUGCUCCCGGGCACUAUACCACCGACGAUGAAAUGGCUACGUGGCCAGCCUGUUUGGAGGACUGUUCCACUGCAGGGAACUGGUCGUACAGCGUGAUCUCCACUGUUCUUCAUCGUGGAGGCAGACGCACAGCCGAAGUGGGGAGAAACGGUAAAUGUCUGUCUUUAGUCUGUUGUGUGCUGCUCUAAGUGAGCUGAGAUCUUUUGCAAUGAGAAACAUUUAACGCUUGUUUAAAGACUUUCUGGGGGGUAGCUUUUGCUUUAAGCUAAAAUCACAAAAUACUACAGCUUUACAUUUCAUGUGUGUUAUGCAUCUGUCCCUUCCUAAGAACUAUUCAUAGGAAAAAUAAGUCUUUCCACACUUAACAAUUUAACUCUUGUGGUAAUUACUUCUUUAAAGAAAGCUGUUAAUAUCAUGUAUUAUUUUUGAACACAGGUAGAUGUGAAGGAUUUUCCUGUAAAAACCAAAUGGUUUUGGCUUUUUCUGUUGACUGUACUUGGUGGAAUUUGGGCAGAAGUGUUUCUGCUCCAUUAGCAUUCCAACUCGUAUUAUCACAAAGAGGUAUUAACCCUGCAGUUACAGAUUUCUGGCUAAAUGUACUGACGAUGGAUCAUAUUUAGGCUGUUUUCCCACUACAGAAUUUGGAUUUUAAACAUGUUGUGGACGUCAGACCUCCCACCAGCAGCUCUUGUAGCUCCUUUUUUGUUUCCUCCCCUCUGGGUGUGUUUCUCGGCUACAGCACUGAGUGGUUGAUUGAAAGUGCGUUUCUCGGUCACCUCAGGGAACUCAGCGUCUGCCCAGCGUUUAGUCAGCGGAUCCCCUGACCCUGUCUGCCUCGCAGCCCUGCCUCACCCUCCGGCCCAUCUGGUUGUGUGGAGACAAUGGGAAAAGGAAAAGAGGAGAGGGGAAUUGAGACAGCCGAGUGUGUUCA